AGACUUCUUUACUUGUUUUGGCCGUGUUUUUGUUGUAUUUUUUUGCGGGUAGAAUCUUUCAAAAUGGCGGACAGCUCAGUGAAGGCGCGCGCCGUGACUCGGGAUGUAAUCGCUGAAAUGUUGUCUAAAAACUUCGAGAAACUGCCUGACAUUGAUCAGAAGUUGUUCACGUACGGUCCUGUGUAUUUUGGGAUGAACGCGGGCCUGGCUGGGCUCCUCUCCAACAGUUUAUACCGCAGAGCUCUGAACGUGACCCAGGCGCGCGUCACUUCCGGUCUGCCCAUGGCCGUGCUGCCCUUUCUGACCACCAUGGCCCUGUACAACGCAGCCGUGUCCGCCCCGCUCCUGUCCGGGGACCUGAACUGCCCUUCCUGCGCCAUGCUCCGGGGGGCGCUGGUGGGGGUUGUGGGCGGAGGCUUGUACCCCAUCCUCCUCGCUUUACCCGUCAACUUUGGCCUCGCCACCAAGUACAACACCGCGCUGAUGCCGGAGAAGGGGAACGUGAUGCGCUACUGGGUCGAAGUGUCCAGACCGGUGAUGAGGAAGAUGAGGGCCGUGCUGCUGCUCCAGGCGUUUUUUGGGACUUACCUCGGGUCAAGGCACUUCAGGUCCUACGCCAAACUGGCCGAGAUCACGUUUCGGCCUGGAGAAGAGCUCAAAGACUAAAGGACAUCCUGGAGAAGAGCUCAAAGACUAAAGGACAUCCUGGAGAAGAGCUCAAAGACUGAAGGACAAAGGAGAGUUGACCAUGUUCUCUGCUGAGGUCACCUUUGGUCUACGUCAUCACUGUAAACACCAAGCACUUGUUCUGUCUCGUUUGUCCAGUGUGUAAAUGUAGACC